CCAAAGGUACUCCCUCACAUUUUCUCCGAUAUAACUGAGUCAUAUACAAUGAAGCUCUUUGUAGCCCUACUCUUGUGUGCUUUGGCGAUCUCGAGCAGCUUUGCCUUUGAUCCUAGUCCACUUCAGGACAUUUGUGUGGCUGUAGAUGAGCCCAAAAAUGCUGUGUUUGUAAACGGGAAAUUUUGCAAGAACCCGAACCUUACAGUUGCUGACGAUUUCCUCUUCCGAGGGAUCAACAUUCCUCGGGAUACCAACAACAACGUCGGGUCCAUUGUGACCACUGUUGCCGUUGACCAGCUCCCGGGUCUAAACACUCUAGGGAUCUCUUUGGCUCGGAUCGACUAUGCCCGUCAUGGCUUGAACCCACCCCACAUCCACCCACGUGCAACUGAGGUCAUCAUGUGCGUUGAGGGCGAGCUCUAUGUUGGGUUCGUCUUAUCAAACCAGCUUGGAAACAGGCUUAUCACCCAAGUCCUGAAGCCUGGAGACGUGUUUGUCUUCCCAUUCGCGAUGAUUCACUUCCAGCUCAACAUUGGCAAGACCGCCGCAGUUGCAAUCUCAAGCUUGAGCAGCCAAAACCCCGGUGUCAUAACAGUUGCUAAUGCUGUGUUCGGAUCUAAGCCACCGAUUAAAGAAGAUGUCUUGACCAAGGCAUUCCAGGUGGACAAGAAAGUUAUAGACGAUCUCCAAUCUCAGUUUUGGUACGACAACCACCAUUAAAACCAAAUGAGAGAGUGAAAGAGGAUAGUUUAUAUCCAUCAAAUAAAACCCGAACGUGGGAAUUAAAACAUAUUCGGUAUGUUGGUGUAUUUCUAAUUUCUAAAUAAAAUUAAUGGUGUGUUUCGUCGAUAUUAAUGUUUCUUGUUAUUAUGAAAUGCUACCUUUCUAAUCAGUAGUACGAAGAUCCUC